AUAGGUUUUAUGCUAUGUAUUAAGACAGCUAGGCUACUUUAUUGGGAGAAGUCACCAACGGUAAAAUUGAAUCUACUGCAAUAAGGAAAUAGUUGCACACGUUUAUUAACACAAUGAAUAGUGUUGACGUGAAGAAACUAAAAGUCAAUGAGUUGAAAGAGGAGCUGCAGCGCCGCGGCCUGGACACCAAAGGGCUGAAAGCUGAUCUCGUGGAGAGGCUCAGGGCCUCUCUGGACACCGGUACAGCGGCUCCUGAAGAGGGCAGCGGAUCACCGGGCGACCUGGGAACGGGCUCCGCUGGGUUACUGAGGGAUGAUCCUAUUCCUAACCAAGAUGAAAGAAUAUCUGAAGAGGAAAGCAGUGAAGAUGGUGAAGGCUUUGAUAGGGCAGAGGUGACAUCAGGUGGAGAAACCGUAGGUACAGUUUCAGAAAGAGAGCUAGCUCCUGCCAUGACCUGUGGGAUGUCGGACUUCUCAUCAGCUGUUGAUGUGAGCCAGACCGAAAUCACUCCUCACAAGCCCAAGACCGAGCCUGAACUGGAGGAGCACCCUGAUAUCAAACCAGAAAUGGAGAAGAAAUCCGAGGUGAAAAAGGAGGAAGAGGAGAACACUGAGUGCCAACAGGAAGUUCCGAAGCCGGAGCAGAAUCCUCGCCAGCCAGAGCCCGCCAAUGAGUGGGAGGAGCUUGAGGCCCCGCAGGCGGAGCAGGCCAAGACGGAGGCAGAGCGCUCCGGACAGUAUGGACGCAAGAGGUCGUAUGAUGAGGGCCGGGGCUACGGCUACUAUGAACACCGCGAGGACAAGAGGUCCCGCUCACCACAACCACCUGCUGAAGAAGAGGAAGAGGUCUUUGACGAUGCCCUUGUUGCCCUGGACACAUACAACUGCGACUUGCACUUCAAAGUGUCCCGCGAUCGCUACAGUGGCUAUCCUCUGACCAUCGAGGGCUUCGCCUUCCUCUGGGCGGGAGCACGGGCCUCGUACGGCGUCACCCAGGGUCGUGUGUGUUACGAGAUGAAGGUUAUCGAGGACAUCCCGGUGAAGCACUUGCCCAGCAGUGAGCCUGAUCCCCAUGUGGUCAGGAUCGGCUGGUCUCUGGACUCCUGCAGUACGCAGCUUGGUGAGGAGGCGUUUUCCUUUGGAUGCGGAGGAACCGGCAAGAAGUCCUCCGACUGCAAAUUUGAAGAUUACGGAGAGAAGUUCGGUGAAAACGACGUAAUCGGCUGCCACAUCGACUUUGACAGCGGUGACGAGGUGGAGAUGGCGUUCUCUAAGAACGGAGUGUGGCUGGACGUGGCCUUCCGUGUCCCGCGGGAAACCCUGGCCGGCCGCGCCCUGUUCCCGCACGUCCUGGUGAAGAACUGCGCCGUGGAGUUCAACUUCGGCCAGAAGGAGGAGCCCUACUAUCCCGCUCCGGAGGGCUACGCGUUCAUCCAGAACGUCAGCCUGGAGCGCAGAACCAGAGGAACCCUGGGUCCCGCUAGCAAAUCUGAAUGUGAGAUCCUGAUGAUGGUUGGUCUGCCUGCCUGUGGAAAGACCACCUGGGCCACGAAGCACACUGAGAACCACCCGGAGAAGAAGUACAACAUCCUGGGCACUAACGCCAUCAUGGACAAGAUGAAGGUGAUGGGUCUACGUCGUCAGAGGAACUACACGGGCCGCUGGGACCUUCUGAUCCAGCAGGCCACCCAGUGUCUGAACCGGCUCAUCCAGAUCGCCGCCCGCAAGAGACGCAACUACAUCCUGGACCAGACAAAUGUAUAUGGAUCAGCCCAGAGACGAAAAAUGCGACCUUUUGAAGGUUUUCAACGCAAGGCUAUUGUAAUGUGUCCCACGGACGAGGACUUAAAAGAGCGAACGUUAAAGCAAACUGAUGAGCAGGGGAAGGAUGUUCCCGAUCAUGCUGUUUUAGAAAUGAAAGCCAACUUUGUGCUUCCUGAGACCAGCGACUUCCUGGACGAGGUGACCUUUGUGGAGCUGCAGCGCGAGGAUGCCAGCAAGCUCGUGAAGGAGUACAACGAGGCGGGACAGAAAGCUGGCCCGCCCCCUGACAAGCGCUAUGACAACCGCCAGGGGGGCUUCCACGGGCGUGGCGGAAGCUUCCAGCGCUAUGACAACCGCGACGGACCCCGUGGGGGGGGCUACCAGAGCCGGGGUGGAAAUGGAGGAGGAGGGGGUGGGUACAGAGGAGGCUACAACCGCGGGAACUACAACCAGAGCCGCUGGGAAGGCAACUACCGCGACGGAAGCUCCAAUGGCCGAGGAGGCUACAACCGUAACCAACAGUCAGGAGGAAGCUACAACCGGCAGGCUCCCUACAACAAAGGCUACAACCAGAGCUACAACCCAGGCUAUAACCAAGGGUACAACCAGGGGAACUAUAACCAAGGUUAUAACUACGGCAACUACAGCCAGUAUCCAGGAUACGGCCAGAGCUACAGCGAGACACCUGCCACUGGACAGACAUACAACCAACAACAGAGCUACGACCAGCAGUACCA